AUGGCGGCAGAAGCGGCCGCCUCCGAACUCGUCCUCCACACCAUCUCCGGACCCGAGGACCCGCGUCUUCCCGCCGUGCUCGCGCUCUCCAAUGCCAUCUUCAACUCCGACCCGGCCUCCAAACACGGCUCCCUCGACGCCUGGCGCGAACGCCUCGCCAACCCCAUCAGCCAGAUCGUCUUCCUCGCGCCCUCCACGGCCCCGUCCGAGGACGAAACCGCGAUCCGCCCGGUCGGCUUCCUCUUCGUGAUCCCGCGCGCAACGGAGCCGCCGCUCAACAACGGCGUCGUCCACUCCGCCCACGUCUGGAUCGCGGGCGUGCGCCCCGAGUGGAGGCGCGGCGGGUGCCUCGCGACCAUGGUCGACGCGCUCGACCGCUUCGAGCACCUCACCCUGUGCACCUUCCCCGCGCGCUUCCCCGACAUGUGGGCCUGGCUCAACCGUCGAGGCUGGGUCCAGGAGCGAGAGUUGGGCGAUGGAAAAAUAUUGUUGAGCCGCAGCAAGAAGUUGCCAUGA